AUGGCUAAGAGGAAGAGCCAAGGGCGCAGGAAAUCACAUGUUGCUGGGAGCUCCCAUGAUGCCACGGAGGAUGUUGAGGAUCGCUACACAGCCCCUGAUGAUGUUGAGGAUCGCCACAGACGGCUGCAUGCUUCUUUUCGUAGAGUCAGAGGCAGAUUUGGUGAGGACCAGGAUGUUGGUGGGACAUCAAAUGAGGAGCGUCGAGACCCUUGUGAGAUGAUUCAUGAGCCUUCUCGUCAGACGACUCCCGAGCCUUCUCCGCCUUCUCGUCGGAUGACUCCUCAGAGUUCGGCAGAGAGUGAGCAUGAGGUUGAUGUGGAGCAUGAGGUUGAUGUGGAGCUUCAGGUUGAUGUGGAGCCUGAGGUUGGUGUGGAGCUUGAGGGUGAUGCUGGAGCACGACGGGAUGAGGUGCCAGUCCAGACAGAGGCACCGUUUCCAGGGGGGCCUGAUGAUCUGUCACUGUUGGUCCGUUACCCACAUCACGUUGCGCCGUGUCUGUGGCAUCAUAUUAUAGGCACCGACCCGCGUUACCCCGAUAGAGGUGUGUUGAAGUUUGCCAGCGCUGGGAUGAAGCUGGCAAAGCUGACAUGUGAGGGCGAGGGAGACGAUAUGAGCGCUGUUCGUCAGCGUGUGGAGGGGACCGGACUCUAUCCGCUCUUCAGUUGCACCUAUCUGGAGAUAGACACACCCCUUCUAUCUGCCCUCGUCGAGAGAUGGCAUGAGGAUACCAGCAGCUUCCACAUGCCAUUCGGGGAGAUGACCAUCACCCUGGAUGACGUGUCAUCUAUACUUCAUUUGCCGAUGGGUGAUAGGUUUUAUACUCCCGGACAGGCCAGCAGAGAACAGGCAGCGGAGACCUGUGUUCUGCUCUUAGGAGGGGUAGCCACGGACUACAUCAUGGAGUUUAAGGCGGUGAAGACCAUUGGCUUGCGAUUCGGGUUCUUGCAGACUCUUUACACUAGGGCUCUUGCUGAGCAUCGGCAUGACCAUGCAGCACGGAUGUGGCUACUUCACCUCCUCGGCUCGACCUUGUUUGCGAACAAGAGUGGAGGACACUACACUUCUGUCCAUUGGAUCGGCAUGCUGCAGCACCUUGAUCGGGUGUCAGAGUAUGCGUGGGGCGCCAUUGCACUAGCUACACUGUAUGAUGCACUUGGUCAUGCCUCACGGAGGAAGACCAAGCAGAUGAGCGGUUGUUCUUCCCUCCUGGUAGCUUGGGUGUUUGAGCACUUCCCACCCACCAUUAUUCAGCGGAUUGAGGUCCCCGAGUACACGGAGGACCAGCCCAGAGCGUGCAGGUGGAUGGAGUCCCGGGCUGGGCAUGCUGGACUGAUGGAGAGGCGAGUUCUCUUCGAUGAGAUGACGGCAGAGGACGUCAUAUGGACACCGUAUGAGGAGCACAGGAGUCACAGAGAGCUGGACGUCCGAGCUUUAUACUCAGGCUACAUCCGGACUCCCAUCCGGACGGCCGUGCGACCUCAUCUUCCUGAGCGUGUGAUGCGGCAGUUUGGGUACGUGCAGCCUAUCCCGCGACACCCAUCUGUUGUGAUGGGCAUGAGUUCUGCUGCGGAGGUCGUUGAUGCAGCAUACCAGGAUUAUGAGCCACACUUGAUUCCAGGGGGGGUCCCUAGUAUAGUGGAUGGAGCGGCAGUAGAUGAUUACCUGGACUGGUACACCGGUGUAUCUCACCGGUUCAUCAUCCCGGAUGAGAGUAGGGCCGAUCUCAGUGUUGUGGUAAGUGUGAACUUAAUUUUCUUUAUGCAUUUGUGGUUUUGUGUAUGCGGUUUACUAACAUGUAUAUUGAUUUAUUUUCAGGCUUCUUUGCAUCGGGCCGUUGAUUUGCUAGAGCAGGGACUUGAGGUCGACGACGGUCCCCCUAGAGAUACACGCUCCCGCACUUUAUUAGAGAAGUGCCUCACUGUCAUCAGAGACUUGAGCAGGACCCAGGGCGUCACUUUCGUUGGUGUACGAGGAGGCAGAGGUCGAGGCAGAGGAGGAGGCGGAGAUAGAGGAGGUGGCAGAGGCGGAGGCAGAGGUCGUAGGGGUAGGGUGGGUCGUAGGGGCAGGGGGCAGUGA